CGGAGCUGGCGGCAGCAUGGCCCGCCUGCUGGGCACCCUGCGCAGCUCCCAGCCCGUGGCGCGCUUCCAGCGCACCUGCGGGCUCUUCCCCGCCGGCGAGGAGGGCGGCGGCAGCGGCGACCCCGCGGAGGGGCCCCGGGACGGCGGCGCCUGCAAUGGAGCGGGCGCGCUGCGCUGCCCGGCCGGCGCUGCCCCGGGCGGGGUGCGGAGCGGCCGCGGCCCGCAGGGUUGCACACAGAAGUAUAUUGUGAAGAACUACUUCUACUACUACUUGUUCAAGUUUUCAGCUGCUUUGGGUGAAGAGAUUUUUUAUAUCACUUUCCUUCCAUUUACCUACUGGAAUAUAGAUCACUCUGUGUCUAGAAGAAUGAUAAUUGUUUGGUCUAUAGUGAUGUACAUAGGCCAGGUCUCCAAGGACAUCCUGAAGUGGCCUCGGCCCCUGUCACCACCUGUCGUGAAGCUGGAGAUGAGGACAAAUGCAGAGUAUGGGAUGCCAUCCACCCACGCCAUGGCAGCUACAGCCAUCUCCUUCUCCUUUUUCAUUGCAACCAUGAACCAGUACAAGUAUCCAUUCCAGCUCGGCCUCGCAGCAGCGUUUGUGUUCUCGACGUUGGUGUGUCUGAGCAGGCUCUACACAGGGAUGCACACGGUCCUGGAUGUGAUCGGAGGAGCGCUGAUUUCGGCCGCGCUGCUCGUGCUCUUGUAUCCAGCGUGGGACACAAUAGAUCACUUGCUGUUAACCAGCCCCUUCUGCCCGUUGUUUUCCAUAGUUGUGCCUCUUGUCUUAUGUUACAACUACCCCAAACUAGACUAUUACAGCCCUACCAGGGGAGACACCACUACGAUCUUAGGAGCAGCAGCUGGAGCAACUGUGGGAUUUUGGUUAAACAACCAGUACGCUGCUUCAGCCCACACUGGCACGAGUGUUCAGCCUGGGCUUCCUCUGACCACCAGUACAAUGGUGUUUGUGCUGGCCAGGUUCUUCACAGGGAUCUUGGUUGUGCUGCUGACCCGCUGGCUCAUGAAGAGCGCGGUGCUUGGCGUGCUGGGCUAUCGCUACAAGUUCCCCAUGGGUGACCUGCAAGCCCGGAGACGCCUGGAGGUUGAGGUGCCCUACAAGUUUGUGACGUACUCCUGCGUUGGCUUCACGGCCACCGUGCUUGUGCCGCUGCUGCACCAGCUGCUGGGGCUGAUGUGAGCACAGCUGCUCCUCGCCGAGCCGCCUGCGGCACCACCGCUGCAGGCAUGAGACAGUCCAGGCUGCUGGCUUGACCAAAAUGUGGUUUUGUGCCUUUCUGCACUGGUGUGGUGGGUUUGGCUCUGGCUGCAUGCCAGGGGCUCACCAAAGCUGCUCUAUCACUCCCCUCUCUCCAGGGAGAGAAAAUAUGAGAGGAUCACGGCUCAAGAGAAGGGCAGGGAGAUAUCACUCAGCAGUUUUACUGUCACAGGCAAAACAGACUCCACCUGGGGAAAUAAAUUUAAUUUAUUACCAAACUAAUCAGAGUAGGAUAAUAACAAAUAAAACCGAACAUUUACAACCACCUUCCACCUACCCCUCCCUUCUUUCUAGGCUCAACUUCCCUCCUGAAGUCUCCAGCUCCUCCUACCCACCAUCACAGGGGAAUGGAGGUUACAGUCAGUUCAUCGCAUGUUGCUGCUGCUGCUCCUUCCUCCUCAGGGGUAGAACCUCUCACACUCCUCCCCUGCUCCAGCAUGGGGUCCCUCCCACAGACGACAGGUCUCCAAAAACUCCAAUGUGAAUUUUUCCAUGCACUGCACUUCAUCCAGCAUGGGUCCUCUGAAGGAUCAAAAGUCCUACCAGGAGCCUGUUUCAGUGGUGGUCUUCAAACCCUUCUUAGGGCAUCACCCUUCUUCAUUGGGGGGUCCUCCACUGAUUGCAGGUGGAUCUCUGCUCCCCAUGGACCUGCAUGGGCUGCAGGGGCACAGCUGCCUCACCACGGGCUGCAGGGGAGUCUCUGCUCUGGCACCCAGAGCACCUAUUACUACUCCUUGUGAUCUUGGUGUCUGCAGAGUUGUUUCUCUCCCAUAUCUUCACUUCUCUGUCUGCCUGCAGUUGUGCAGAUUUUUCCUCCCUUCUUAACUCUGUUGUCCCAGAGGUGCUGCUGCUGUCCCUGUUGUGCUCAGCCUUGGCCAGCAGUGGGUCUGUCUGGAAGCCAGCUGGGAUUGGUUCUGUUGGACACAGGGGAAGCUCCUGGCACCUUCUGAGAGAAGUCCCCCUUAUAGCCACCCCUCACCACAACCAUGCCCUUGCCACACAAACACAAAGCAACUGGCCUAAAAUAUCUGACUUGGGGGAGUCAUGGGAAUUGCUGUGCACAGAUCACUUUGGGUUAGAAAUCACUGGCUCCACUGUGUCCCAUAGUUAGACACGCUUUGCCCAGGUAACUAAAUGUGACAAGCACACAGCCAAAAUCCCUGCCAGAGCAGUAGCAAAGGCUGCUUUGCUGUAGGGUUGGGGUUGCUGGGGAGUAGGGCUGUGCCUCUGCCUGUCUGGCUGGGGCUGCUCCUGAAGCAGUAGAGCAAGUCAAGGCAGGGCUCAGGUUUGGGGCAUCAGGGAAAAAGUGGCUGGUGGGGUGGGGGGAGAUGUGACCAGCCAAAACCAAAAUGCCUUCAUUGGCAGAGCUCAUAGUGUCUUCUGAUGGCACUGUCAGACAAGGCUGGUUCUGUGUAAAUGGUUUUACUCAUUAUUAAAUCCAAAGAAAAGAAACCCCCAAAAUGUAAAAGAGAAGAAAAAGCUAACACAAAAUGUCUAAUGUGAUUUGCAACAAAUUUCCUUGGAUAUUAAUAAGAAAGCCUCCACUAGAUCCUUUGCCUUCAAAUAACUGAGCAGAGUUAUUAGCACAGCACUGAGGCUUGAGUUCAAACUGUUUAACUCUGAUUUAGUUCCCCUGGCUUAGGGGAAAGGAAAGAGUCCUUCCUGUCAUGCAGGGGUGACAAGAAGAGUCCAUAAACUGCGUUGUGGGAGGAGCUGAGUAGUGACUCUGGUGACUACAGCGUGUGACAGUUAUAAGAUGCCGUCAUUUUCUGCUGCUGCACAGCAUCACAGCUGGUCUUCCAUGCAUCCUGCAACACUUUGUGUACACAUGUAGAAUAGCAGGGAGGCAUGUCCAUAGGAAGGGCAUCCCUAUAACUCAGGCUGCUUAUUUAAAACAAUAUAUUUCAGCUGUUGGACCAAUGAGCUGUUGAGAAAUACAGCAGUGAACGUGGUCUGCUUGGCUAGGAAAAUGUACAGUGCUAUUGCUGCAGAGCUUCAAGCAUGGCCCCUGUGCCUUGCCUGGCAGAAUGUACAGUGAGAGCCAGCUUUCUAACCACGUCCACUUGUCUUCCUGGCUGCGAGAAAAAUGAACCUGAAGAAUGUAAAAGAGAUGCUUUGCCAUCCAUUGGCAAACAUAAACAUCCAUUGGAUAAACAUAACCAGUUCUAAAAGUGUAGCUGGGAGGUGUCUGAGGAGUGUGAGGCAUGCACAUGAAAGAGCUGCCCCACUCUAAACCCAUGUUGCCAUUCUCCAGAAGAAAUGCAGGCAAAUUUUAACCAUUUUAACCAUGUUUAGAUUCUCUCAGGCUGUGGAUAAGCUGUUCUAUACGAGGUUGUGUGGACUUUACACGUGCAUGCAAACAGCUCCAGUGAGCCUUUCAGCAGGGCACGUGGCCACUCACACCUGCCCCUGGGUGACUGCUGGACAUGGGCCACCACAGACAUGGGGUUCCAUGCUCAGCCUCUCUCCCUCCCAAACACCACAGAAAUUCUGCCAUCAGGUUUAAAAUACCUUUAAACACCUUGUGUUGAGAGAGCUGCAUGACACACAGGUGCAGUGCACAACUGGAGCCCUGCAGAGGGGCCACAUCACAAACUUGGGAAAAAACUUGGCAGCAAGAUGAGUGUUUAAGCUGGGGAUUGGAAUUACUCCCAAGAAAGGCACAGUUUGACAGGGACAUUCAUGCAGCUUUAUGUGUAAAAUUUCUGUUCUGAUUCACAGCUAUUUUAUGCUAUGAAGAUUUUAUAAAUUAUAUAUAAAUGCUGCACAGGUAUUUUUAUAGUAUUCACCUGCAUGUGAUUCAUGGAAUAAAUGCAAACUAUAUUUGGUUCAAAUUUUAAAAUAAACCUAUUUUGCA